UUAUUGAUUAACAUUAUUUUAAACUGAAUAAUAUAUUUUUUUAUGUUAUUUGAAGUUGCAAUUGAUUACAUCAUUCUUUACUUUUGUUCUCUUUAUGUAUCUGCUGCUGAAUGUUGAGAAUAGGUUCGUGACAUAUACUUAUAUCCUGGGUUUCUUUGAUUUUAACUCAAUUACUUUAUCUUACAUCUGUUAUUUGUAUGUCCUGGAUGUAAUUAGUAGUUUGCGCAUAUUUUUUUUUAUUUUUGUGAAGCAUUUUGUUUUUGAUUAUUGCCUAAUUAUUCCAAUAGUUUUUGUUUGGGAUAGUUUGAGAAUGACUUUGUAAAGAAAGAAAUGAUUUUUAUGUUCUUGAUAAAUUUUUUUUCUAGCUUAGGUGAUAAUGGAAACUAAGUUAAUGUCUAAAUUGACGUUAUGAUGAAGUAUGCUUUACCUUACUUUGUUAGUGUUGUUCAAUAUAGGAGGUUUUUUCCCCAUCAAGGUAUAGGCAGGCUGAUGCAUCCCUCUGGACCUUUUUUACUUGAAAGGUAAAAUAUUCUUACACAAUUCCAGUGCUUUUUAAUUGCUAGCAACAAAGGUAAUGGGACUUGAUUUCGCAAGACAUCAGAGAGUUGAUUUCUUACAUUCAUGUAAAUUUUUGUAUUUUGUAUUUUCUCUGAAGAUGCAGAUCUUCUUUUUGAAUUUGAUUUAUUUAAGUGAAAUGGGUCAUGAUAUAUGUGUCUAGAUUGAUGAUCUCUGUAAAUGCGGUAUUCAUAUUAGUAUUUUUGCCUACUAUUGCAUUUUUCCUGAACAUUUUAUACCGAGGCUACAUUCUGAAGAAUUUUUUGGUUUCUUUAUUUACGUUUGAACUUUGAAGCAUUAAGUCUUACAUAUAUUUUCUUCUAAGAAAAUCGAUAUUAAGUUCUCAUGGAAUGAGGGAUUGUGUUGUGAAGUCCUGCACUUCAAUCUAAGUUGACUUCAAGUUUUGGACAAAUGUUAAAUGGAGAUCUCCUCAAGCAGCUGUUAUACCUAAUUUCCAUCUCCCAAUGCGUAGUUUCGAGGUAAAAAAUAGGACAUCAACAGAGGAUAUCAAGUCCAUCAGGCUGAUAACUGCCAUCAAAACCCCAUAUUUACCUGAUGGGAGGUUUGAUUUGGAAGCAUAUGAUGACCUGGUGAAUAAACAGAUUGAUCAUGGUGCUGAAGGUGUUAUUGUUGGUGGCACAACUGGUGAAGGCCAACUGAUGAGUUGGGAUGAACAUAUAAUGCUUAUUGGCCACACUGUUAAUUGUUUUGGGGGAUCAAUCAAGGUUAUUGGGAACACAGGAAGCAACUCCACAAGAGAAGCCAUUCAUGCCACCGAACAAGGUUUUGCUGUUGGAAUGCAUGCUGCCCUUCACGUCAAUCCAUACUAUGGCAAAACCUCUUUGGAAGGCUUGAUAUCUCACUUUAAUAGUGUGCUGCCGAUGGGCCCUACUAUCAUUUACAAUGUGCCGUCACGAACUGCCCAAGAUAUCCCUCCACGGGUGAUUCAUACUGUAGCACAAAGUCCCAACUUGGCAGGCAUUAAGGAAUGUGUUGGAAAUGAUAGGGUGGAAGAGUACACAAACAAGGGGUAUGCGGUGUGGAGUGGAAAUGAUGAUCAGUGCCAUGAUGCAAGAUGGGAUUAUGGAGCGACUGGUGUGAUUUCUGUCACUAGUAACAUAGUUCCAGGUUUAAUUCGAGAACUCAUGUUUGCAGGGAAGAACCCUUCCCUUAAUGCAAAGCUUCUGCCUCUUAUUGAAUGGCUUUUCCGGGAGCCAAAUCCCAUUGGGGUGAAUACCGCUCUCGCUCAACUUGGUGUUGUAAGGCCAGUUUUCAGAUUACCAUAUGUACCUCUUCCUUUGGCAAAGAGAGUGGAGUUUGUGAAUUUAGUGAAGCAAAUUGGGCGGGAGCAUUUUGUUGGAGAAAAAGAUGUCCAGGUCCUCGAUGAUGAUAAGUUCGUCUUGAUCGGUCGAUAUUGAUGAUGAUAAGUUCGUCUUGAUUGGUGGAUAUUAGUCAGACUUCAUGUUUAUGAACUAAAGUCUACUGUCCAGUUUUGAACUUGCCUUUGUUACUUCUGUUUCAAAAAAUGUUCGUUGAGUAAGUCUCUUCUGUUUUCAGUUAAGUGAGAAAUAAAGCUUGUUUAACCGCUUGCAGGCACUCCGUGAGUGUUGUGCCCAUGGAUGUUUUAAUAGGAAUCAUAGGAUUAUCUGUUCGUAGCAAUGUAUCUUGAUUGGAUUGGCCGGUUUGAAUAUUUAGAGAACUACUGGCUCUGAUUUUUCACUUCAAUUUUUGUUGUGAGACA